GCGACAACAGCCGUAACAAAAAUUGCGAGCAUCUCUACGUAAUUGGUUUAACAGAAUAGCCAUGCCUAUUAGAUUCUUUUGGAAGGAUGGAGAGGAAGGUAGGGGAAGCCGAGAAUCCAGCUAGUUAAUUCCUUUUUUUCAUUUUUUCCUUUUCCCAAUUUUGUGGUUUUAUGAAGCAGGCUAAACAUGUUACUUACAAUUCGAGAGUAGUAUGAAAGGUAUCAAAAUCCGAGUGGAGGAGGAGAUUUGUCGCCAGUGAUGUGGCGGGGCUGGGUUAUUGAGUUUUUUUUUUCAACUCUUCUAGUGUUUUAACCCUCUUUGUUGCACCGAAAAAUUGGAUUCGCAGACGAAUUCCUCUACCUUCCCUCAUUAUCAAUCUCCAUCCCGAACCUCCAAACCAAGUAGUACCAUCACUGAUUCAAAAAUCUCCAUAACCCUCGCAAAAAGAAGACAAUCCUUAAAGCCCUAGAGCAAAUAUUACUUGAAGAAAUAAAGCCCACAUGGGAAGCAGCGGCGGCGGCAGCGACGUCGAAGCUGGCUUUGCCAAAUUACAAGGCGAAGAUUUCGAGUACUACAUGCAGACCUACUCCAUAGUCCUCGGCCGCAACUCCAAGAAAUCCACUGUCGACGUUGACCUCUCCUCCUUAGGCGGCGGCAUGAACAUCUCCCGUCACCACGCUCGCAUCUUCUACGACUUCCAACGCCGUCGUUUUGCCCUCGAAGUCCUUGGUAAGAACGGAUGCUUCGUCGAGGGCGUUCUUCACCUCCCCGGUAACCCUCCCGUCAAGCUCGAUUCCCAAGACCUCCUUCAGAUCGGCGACAAGGAGUUUUAUUUUUUGCUACCUGUUAGGAGUAUUCUCGGUGGGCCCAUUGGCCCUAGGCAUCAUGUUAAUGUCAAUGUUAAUUAUCCCCCUGCUGGGGCGGCGGGGGCCACUCCGCCUCCUCUGCCGCCUCAUGGUCAGCAUAUGGGGUUGCCCCCUCCUCCUGGGGCCAUGGGAAAGAAAGGUUUGGCGAGAGGGAGGGAGUAUUAUGAGGAGGAGUAUGACGAGGAUGGAGGGGAAGAUGGUGGCUCCGGUGGAGCGAAGAAAAUCCGACGAGGAGAUGGGAUUGAUGGGAGUGGUUAUGGGUAUGCUUCCGGGAGCUCGGGUGGGAGGACCGCAAUUUCGGGGCAAUUGGAUAAAAAGCUAGAUGGAAGAUCUCGUGUUGAUAGGGACGCUGACAAUCAGCAGCUCCAGCAAUUAGAAGAGAAGGAUGUUGUCUCAUCUGUUGCUACUGUGCUUUCUGAUAUGUGCGGCCCUGGAGAAUGGAUGCCAAUGGAGAAACUUCAUAAGGAGUUGCUGGACAAGUAUAGGAAUGUUUGGCAUCAUGGUCGGUUGAGGAGAUACCUCACAUCAGAGGAUUUUCAAAGUCCUGAAGCCAAGGCAAAACCCUGGUAUGGAUUGCUCAUGUUGUUAAGGAAAUAUCCAGAGCACUUUGUUAUCAACACAAGGUCUAAGGGACGGGUGACAUUGGAGUUCGUCUCUCUUGUCUCGCUACUCUCGUGAGAAAUGAAACAUAACAUGUGCCAGAUAUUGACGUUUUUUGGAGUGUUGAACAUUUCAUCAAAUGUGUUGAUGCUGGUUAAUCAUUGUGAUUCAAAUACAUGUAAAAUGGCUGCUUGAAUGUCAGUUGCAAUCUUAACUUGCUGUCUGCUUCUCACGCAUUCGUUC